GCUGUUUCUUUUCUCUCACCCUGCGCUGUUUCCGUGCGGCUGCGCCGAGGGUGCGCGGGUUUGCGCGAGCCCCGCGGCGUCCUGCGGGAGCUCGGCGGGGCACCCCGGACGGCGGGGCUUUGUGCGCACCGCCCGCUCCGCUCCGGCCGGCGUGUGGGCCGGGCUCGGCGACUCCGCAGGCCCCGGCGCAGCGGCUCCUGAGGACCGGGAGAGCUGCGGCGCCUCCGGGCUAGCGCCCCUCCGCCGGGCUCUUCCGCGAGUCUUUUGUCCCGGAGCGCGGAGUUGUUAUCGAUGCCGUCAGAACCUCUUCGAAACGCAGGCUCCGCCCUGACCGGCGGGGAGCGCCAGUCCCCAAACCUCAGGCCCGGUGGCCCAGUUCGGAGCGGACGUGGUGUGGGGAUGUUCGAGACCGCCGGUGACCAGCAUUGUGUUAACGUAGCUCCCCUCAUGCGUGACCCCCUGCAUUUACAAGCCAAGAGUUUAUUAUAACAGCCAGGGUUAUUAAGUGUGUAGGUUUUUAUUUGGAUUUUUUUUUAACUUACUAGGAUUUCUGACCUUCAGUGAAUGGAAGAUGAAUCAGGGUGUGAUUUACUCUGUUUUCAUCUUGGGUGCUUCAGUUUGCUAGCCAAGUGUAGUGUUUUUAGUUGCUGAUCUCAGCUGGUAAUGGGACAGCUGAAACACAUUAUCCAUGAGGGCGAAGAAGAGCUUAUUUCUUAGCAGAACUGUUCAGAUUUUUGGUAUAUUUUAAUUGUCAUUUAGGUGGACUGUUCAGUCCUAGUAUUGGGAAGCUGUAAAGUACAGCACAAUUGGUUCAGAAGCGCAGAACAUCUGCUGUCAUUCUUUUAAGUCACUAGAUGCCUAAUGAAACACAAUCACAAAACAGUGAGUUAAUAGAUACUAAAAAUAAUUUGAGAUUUGGGGGAAAAAUGUUUCUUUCCUUGUGGGAGUUCUUCUAUGGGCACUUUUUUCGAUAUUGGAUGAAAUGGCUCUUACGACAGAUGACUGGAAAGUGUGAAUUACAACGAAUUUUUGAUACCUAUGUAGGUGCGCAAAGGACACACGGGAUAGAAAAUUCUUUGACCUAUUCCAAGAAUAAGAUUUUACAGAAAGCAACACAAGCAGUUGAGAGUGAAGUGGAUAAAUAUGUAGAAGAUAUAAUGAAGGAAAAAAAUAUUAACCCCGAGAAGGAUACCAGUUUUAAAAUCUGCAUGAAGACAUGUUUGCUACAGAUAACUGGGUAUAAACAACUCUAUUUGGAUGUAGAAGACGUGAGGAAAAGACCAUAUGAUUCUGAUAAUGAACAACAUGAAAAGCUACUCCUAAAGCUUUGGAAUCUCCUGAUGCCCACGGUGAAGCUGACAGCUAGAAUCUCCAAGCAGUGGGCUGACAUUGGUUUCCAGGGGGAUGAUCCCAAAACAGACUUCAGAGGCAUGGGCAUACUUGGAUUAAUCAAUCUCGUGUAUUUCAGUGAAAAUUAUACCAGGGAAGCUCAUCAGAUUCUUUCCCGCUCAAACCAUCCAAAAUUAGGGUAUUCUUAUGCAAUAGUUGGGAUCAAUCUUACAGAGAUGGCUUAUAGCCUACUGAAGAGCGAAGCUUUGAAGUUUCACCUCUACAACUUCGUUCCUGGUGCGCCCACAAUGGAGCACUUUCACCAGUUUUACUGUUAUCUUGUCUAUGAAUUUGAUAAGUUUUGGUUUGAAGAGGAACCAGAAAGCAUUAUGUAUUUCAACCUGUAUAGAGAGAAGUUUCAUGAAAAGAUUAAAGGACUCUUAAUGGAUUACAAUGUAGCACUUACUCUAAAAAUAUAAGUCAUCCAUAAUAGUUUCUAUUUCUACCACAUUUUGCACACACAACAGAAUUUAUAUGUUGUAAUAGAAAUUAUCUGAUCAGUUACACUCUUAUGUAUAAUUUCCUACAGAAAUACUUCAGAAAUUCUAUUUUAAAAAGCUAGUGGACAAUCAGUGUAUGUUUACAAUUGUUUAUACACUGUUCUCCAAAGUUACCUUAUCCUUCCAAAAAUCCCUUCUGUAGAGCUAUGUGAACUAUAGUUUGGAGCUUGGGAUUUAGUCUGUUAGUGUGAGUCAGGUAUUUGUAUCAAAUUGGUUGAUUAAAAUGUGUACAAAUCAAUUUUCAUUUUUAUGUGUUAUAGCUAUCAAGUUGGUAUCUUUAAAAGCUCUUAAAAUUUUUUUUUGCUUUUUAGUCUGCAGAUGACUGGUUCUAAUUUGCUUUGUUUUUUUAUUUCUAGGCUGGUUAACUGUAAAAGCAGUUCUUUGUUUUUUGUUUAAUUGGUGGUGCUGGGGAUUGAACCCAGGCCCUGCUGCAUGCUAAGCAAACACUACUCUUCCACUGAGCUACAUCUGCAACCCAAGAGUAGUUCUUUAUGGCUUUCUUUGUUUGCAUCUCAAUCACUUAUCAAAUGACACUUUAUUAGUAGUCACAAAAAUACAGAAAUCUCUGGCAGGAUAAAGAAUUACGAUCUUUUUGUUUCUUGGAGAUAACUGGAACAUACAAAUAAUGAAAGAAAGACAGUAUUGAUUUUUUGUUUUUAAAUAACACACUUUAAAUGUCAGUGUUAUAUUCAAGUUUAAAGGCAUUUUCUCAUCUUUAGAAUUUACUUUUUUUGAGGUCUAAAAAAACCCAGCCUUAUUUAGUGCUUUAAGUGUGAGGGCCUCCGUCUGUAUUGUUUAUUAAAAGAGAUGUAUUUGCUAAGAAAGUCUUGAUUGCGUUCAGAAGACAGUUUCUCUUAAAACAAAGCUGUCUCUGGAACAAGAAAAGCCUUUUAAAACCUUAGUUAAGCACCGUUGGUCUAUGUGACUUUGAAGUCUGCUUCCCUUUGCUCAGACCCCGUGGUGUUUCUUGGAAGUGUGUGGACCUCACGUUUGCAGUCCGGGGGUGAUAAAGCAGCUUGAGACUGAUGACUGUGCGUUUUAUAUAGCUUUAUUCUCCUAAAAGCUCAGGAGGACAGCAAGUGCUGUCGAGGAUGAUAUGGGAUGAGAUUCUAAUGAGAACAACUUCUUUUGGUGUGUUUUGGAAGUUCGUACUCCUAGAAAGACUAAGAGAACCGAAAGCCACGCAUGGUAGUACAUGCCUAUAAUCCCAGCACUCAGGAGGCAGAGGCAGGAAGAUUGCCACAUGUUUGAGGCCAGCAAGAAUAGCCUGAACUACAUCACGAGACGCUGUCUCAAAAAACAAAAAAACUAAUGAGUUUAAGGCCAGGAAAGUUCAUCGCAUUGCUACAUUCUCCUUAAACCCUUCACAACCCACUUCUUAAAGACAUGAUUUAAUUUACAACACGAUAUCGUACACAUCUUUUAGUGUGGUAUGUCUUGAGUGUUUAAGGAGUAACUUGUAUAUGAUACAGCAACAUGUAGUGCUUUUCAAGUCAUUUUGCGCACCUUGACAUACCUCUCCAAACUCAUCCAAAACAUGAAAUAUCCGAUUGGAAAAUCAUAGAUACAGUGUUAAAAUUAUUUUUUUCUUGAUAAGAUGAAACUAUUUUUAAAACUUUGUUCUUUUUAUUAUAAUAGUGAAAAUUAACUUUGCAGUAUGAUAGGAGUUUAAUAAUUUCUUAUAGGAGACUUUUCAACGUUGGGAAUAUCUUCACUUAGUUUUUUAAAAAUAUUCUCAUGAUUUAUUGUCCAGCUAGAGCUUUAAGAUGUGUAGCAAAAUUCUGAUAAGCAGAUGUUAACCACUGAUGUUCAUGGUAAGCAGUUGUCAGUGUUUAAUUUUUGUGCUAAAAAUGUUUAUCUUUGUAUUUUGAUCUUUCAAAAACAGAUCUUGACACCCAUUUAAACCUUUGUCAGUAUAUGUAUGUAAUUUAAAAAAAUGCUUGAAGUAACAGAAAACCUGUUAAGUCUUUUCCCCUUCUAGGGAAAGAAAAAAAAAAUCUAAUAUUUCAAGAAAAUGUCAUUAUAAAGUUUGUUCAAUAAUAUGUUCUUUAAAUUCAUCUCUGUACACUACAGAUAAUGUUGUUUUUGCUUAAAUUAUCAUUAAUCAUUUCAGACAGUUAUAUAACAGAUUGAUCUAAAAGCCACAAUAAAUUCUAAGACUUGGUAGUCUGGAAAGGCAGCCUGCCAAUUGUAAAUUAGAAUGUAACAUGAGCUCUUUGAUUUAUAUGUGAUAGUGACAUACAAGACAAGAACAAUAUAAUUGUUUCAGCCUUCCUACUUUCCUUUCAACAUUGUGUUAGAAUUUUACAUAAUCUUAAAAUUCACAUUUAGAAUCUUUUUAAUAAAAUGCCAAGGUAGUGAUAAAAUAUUAUUUGGCAUUGAAGUAGCAGGAAAAAUGUUAGUGUUAGCAUCAAAAAAGUCAGAUCAAUGUGGAAAUGAAUUUUUGUGUGUGCCAGGUUUAAGAGCUUGUGCCAGUGACAAGAACAGUCUAACAGAGACAGUUAACAUCUACAGUUUAAACGUGUUCUGAAAGACAAUCUUUGAAGAAAUGUGAUGUCUGUAAACCUAUACCAUUCCCUUGUAAAUAAAUGUAACAUUGAUUUUUAAAAUCUGUCUUAAACUGGCACUAUUUAAAGUUUAGAAAACAAUCUUUUUCUUAAAAAUGCUCCUGUUUUUUUUCUAUUUUUAAGAGCUAGUUGAAUUUGUAUGUAUUUUUAUGUUAAAAUAUACGUGCUCUUCACUUUUAUUCCAUGUUCAUAGUUGAUGAUAUGCUGUUCUCCCCUUUGAGAACAGUGAAAUUGGAUUUGAUCUAAAAUUUGCUCAAAGGGAAAACUACAUGAGCAUAAAAAGUGGAUGCUCAUUUCUAGACACACUGUCAAGGCACAGAGAAGGGGACAUUAGGCUUGCAGGCAGUAAUGUUUAUUAUCCUUGAAAUAAUGACUAGGGGUCAGCAGGGAAUUUCUCAGGAUGAAUGGUCUACCCUGCUUCCCUAGGAACAUGACUUGGGAGGCUUAGUUUCCAUUUUCAUGUUUAUGAACAUCUCACUAGCAAUCUUUAAUUAAGAUUAAAAGAUUAGCACCCUGAAAGAAAUCAUGACUUGUGUUUUUGUUUUGACUGUCUUCAGCUUUUCAUGGAAAAAACUAAAAAAAAAAUGUAGUGCGGGUAAGACCCAAGUACUACAAACUGUUACAGAAUGAUUCUGUGUUUUUGUUAAGGCAUUGAGCAAUAUUUAAGCACUAAUGUUCCCUGGAGGAAAAACUGCCAGUUGGCAGUUUAAAGAAAGAAACUUUUUGUCUACUUUGGAUAAUCAGUUGACUUCUUAAGUAAAAGCAGUAGUGUGUAAUGUGAUGUCAUUUUGUUUGUGAUGUUAAGUGAACAAAUAAAAAACGUUGAAAUUGUAA